CUACACACUAAAGUGUCCGAACUUCAGCGGUCCCGGAAACAUGUCAAAGGAUGGCUUGUCUCAGCUACUGUCAUCGUAUGGAUCAGAUGAAUCGGAAAACUCGAGCGACGAUGCGGAGGAAUUGACUGCUGUUAAAAAGAAAACGGAAUCUCAAAGCAUGAAACUUAAACUGGCCAAAACUGAAAAAGGCGGGUGCGAGAAUUGUGGCAUUACUCAAGAAGAAAGGCAAGCUUAAUUUAAUUUUUUCAGUCCUACAAAUUUUUGAAAGUAAGAAGGGGUCCUACAUAGAAAUGAUGAAUAAUUUUUAGUCAACCUCAGCUUUACUAUACUUAUAGAAUGGUGGUGACAAAUUAAUUCUGUUGCAACUCUUAGUGCUUAUGUCAGCCAAGCCAGGUAAGGUUCAAAUUCCCCAAACACCCCCCCCCCUUGAGCAUGGAUGAUGGUCAGUUGCCGGGGGGGGGGUGAAUGUUGAAGCUUCAAAUUGAUUAUUACUGACAUCAUCCUGUUAGUAAAUUAGUAAUAUAUAAUUGUGAACUCAAAUGAUGAAAGCUUCAUGAGAAAAUGGUAAAUAAAAUGAUAAAGUGAUUGAUUAAGAUGGGAGUAUAUAUUGGUCGGGUUUACAAAUUAUUUUGGUAUAUAAUCUGAAACUUAAUUAUGUAUGCAUAUUUAUACCCUUUUCCCAUGUGCCUGAUGAUACAUGAAAGUAUGCAGCAAUUUCUUUCUCAGUGAAGUAGAGUAAAAAAGGGAUCCUCAACUAUUGCACAUUAAACCCAUGAGACAAGUGUUGUUGUUAUUACCUUUGCCUGAGAAAACCUAGAAUCAGUGUUGCCAGGCUAUAAAAAAUGCUGCUACUCUUAUCAUGAAAGACCUGCAGUUUAGCAGUUUAUCAGCUGUGUUCUUAUGACUCCAUGGGAAAGGGAAGGUUGUGAAAUUGCUCAGAGUUACCUUUGCUCCUUUCUUUUGAUAUCCCACGUAGGAAUUGUAAUUGAAUUUUGAUAUUUUCACUAGUCAGGUAAUGUUCAGUAUAAAGCAUUUGAAAUAUAAACUCACACCUAAACAAUGUUUAUUUAUAACAGAAAGGUUUUGCCAUUACCAAAAGAAGUAUUGAAUAUGUUCAGAGAAGGUAGGAAAUUUUCAUAUCCACAAACAUGUUUCGUGACAUCAAUGUUUGGCGACAAUGCCACAGAAUUUGCAAGCAUACAAUGCACUCUAUCAAAUUGGCCAAAGCAAUCAUUAUUCUCACAACAAUUGCAAAGCACCCCACAAACAUACUGUUAGUUGAUUUUAGCUUACCAUUUGAUAUAAUUUUUAUCAGGCAAGUACAAACCAUGCUGCUUCUUUGAGAUUUCAUACCCAGGAUGUCUUAGGUAGAAUUUAGUUGAUGAAGCAGAAUAUCUGAACCAUUUAACUAAUUGAUAGUGGUUUUAAGUGUGGUCUGCACUCUCAUCAACAACAAUGUUGGUAACCACAGUGGUCAAAGAGUUGUGGACUUAGGAGGCCCAGCAGGCCAUUCCAAACCACUGUUAAUUUGUUUUUUUACCACAAUUAUAUCGACAUCAAAUAAAAUGACUCUUUCAGAGCCUGACCACCAUCAUGACACAUUGAUAUGUCAGCAGCAUCAUCUGUACUCUUAUCAACAACAGUAAUACAGCAAAUUUGCCUUCAGAUUGCAACAUUACUGCCAAUUGUGGUAAAUCACAGGAUAUGUUGACCUUAUUAAGACAAAGACUUCUGACUAUUUCCAAACACACCAGAGCUAAACAUGUCUGAAGGCAUAAUAAGUUGUUUUCUACCUCUUCUGUCCUUCAUUUUCAUGGAAGGACUUUUCUCCUGUGGUAGUGGCUCAAGUUCGUGUUGCCUCAUUCAUUUUUUGCAGGAAUGUGUCAGUUAUGGUUGACAUAAAUAACGUAGUAAUUCACAAGAGAUUGGUGUGAGGUGGAAAUUUUAAAUGAUCAGAUGGAGUAUAGACACACCCUCAAACCUGGAACUUCACUUCGCCAUAACCCCUUUUUUAAACCCAUUAAAUUUUUUUAACCAAAUUUUCAAUGCUUGUGGGUGGUCAAAUUCAAAGUAUUUCCUUGUUUUCACUUACACUUGGGCAAUGUUUCAUUUUUGCCAUUAAUCGUGUUACUUCAGAUCCCAUCUCAGAAGAUGAAUCAGCUAAACACCAUGGAAGGAUAAGGACAUUUUCUCAUUUUCCUGGUAACUGGGCUAUGCAUGUGUUUAUUCCUUGUAAGUCCCUCUGAAUCAAUACUUUAUUUUACAGUUUUUAUUUUCAUAUGUCUUCUGCAGGGUAAUAUAUGCUGUGUCUUUAAUUUGAAAGGGGCAACAUGAUUGGCUGUGUUUGUGUACUUUUGUACAACUGGUAACAGGCAGCGAAUCCUUUUAACUUAAAUGUAGUUGAAUGGGUAAGGCAGAGAAACAUAGAAAGGUUUAUAUUCUAAUAAUUUCCUUGUGAAACAUGUCAACAAAGUGGUAAUUUGUUUACUUUUUGCAUUGUAGCUUUUUGCAAGACUUUUUAAUAUACACAAUUAUGAACGGUAAAACAUUUUGUGAACUAAUUUUUACUAAUAAUUGAUUGUGUUCCACCUGCAAAGUCACAACCAACAGUUAUUUUGAGAGCCUUGUGGUAUCUGUGGUCGAAAGUUUGGCAGCUAUUAUAUCAGGUGAAGUUCACCUGACACCAUGUAAUGAGUUACAUGUUAGUGUGUCCAGAACAGUGCCAGUCAGACACUACUGGAUUGAGCCAAUUGUACAACAGCUAAAAAAUGGCCUCAGUACAGUGCAAAGGUAUGGUAUAAACUAGAAAGCUCAGUCAAGAUGAUUACCCUCUCAUAUCUUGAUGUACUUUUUACAUGUUUAUACUCCCCAUUUAAAAAGAAGAUUUUAUUUUUCCAAACACUUUCUACCAUAGUAUGAAAUACAUUUUAAAAUUCAUAAUGUUUUAGCAAUUGUACUGAAGAUAGUGCUAAUUUUGAUAUCAAUAGAACCAUACACAGAUUGGAACAUGUGCCAGUUUUUAAUAAAAGUAAUCAUUGUCAUCUGCCAUUCUGCCAAGUGUGCUCAUUAUGAGGCCAUCUCUUUGACCAUGAUUUGCUUGGAGAAAUAAAAAGAAAUACAGCCCAGGCACAGCAAUCUUUUAGAGUGCAGUAUUGUAAAUUUGCACUUGCUCAUACAAGAAUUAGUUCAUGUGCUUGUAUUGGUAAAGAAAAUGUUAUGCAUGAAACCACUGUAAUGUACAUGCCUUAGGGAUCCGGAGUUACCCAUGGUAUAAUGAACCCUAUUCGAUCAACUAUAGCAUAUGAAAAUUCCAUUUUGUGUUAUGUUUUAGUUUCAGGUCUACCUUGCAGUGCCCUGAAUUCUAUACAAAUGAUGAAAAAACAAGGUAAUAUACAUAAUGUCAUCUCUAGUCAAAAAUGUUUUACCUGAAGAUGAACUCAUGUAGUUAACUAAUUGAUGUACUUAACACUGCUUGUGACAAGUAUUCCCCAGCAUAUCAACUGCACCCUUGAAGAGAACAUGCAAUUCAAUGGCUUAGUUAAUUCUUAGCAUUAAAAUGAUUUUCUUGCAGUCUUGACAGCUGUAGCUCAGUGAUGAGUUAACAACCUCACAUUCUGUGGUUAAUUUCAGAUCAUUUUUAGCAUUGAAAGUAGUUGCAGGACAUAAAAAGGUAAUGAAGUACUUUAUUCAUAAGUCAUUUGAAUGGAGACAGACAUAAAGAAACCCAGAGUAAUCAAACUGUUUGAAAAAUUCAACCAACCUUUAACAUGAAAAUGGCAAAGUCAUCUCGGCAGGGGGGUGGAGGUGAUAGCAAGUUAGACAGGUAGGGUAACACUGUCAGGUUCUCGUAUUAACACUUUGGCUUGCCUGGCAGGGGACAAGACAACUCAACCUGGGAACAAUUGUUGACUGGCCAAAAGAAAAGCUCUAUUUUCAUAAUAUAUCAAAAUAAAGUCCUUUUACUUUUUAUGGUGUUGACUUUACAAAUCUAAUGCAUAUAUAUAAUUAAUAUAUAGACAGACUGAGAUUAAAACACGCCUUGAAGGUAAAAAGAGUGAAAUGCUGCAAAUGGUCUAUUAUUGUCUCAAAGGGGUUCACACAGAUGAUUGAAUUGCUUAAUAUAUAUUUGUAUAUGUGUUUGAAGGACUGCAAUAGAACAAAUUUGUUAUUUACUUAGAAUUGAUUUUUAACUUACCAGGAAAUGUACCAUCUUUGUUAUAAUUCUAUAGCUUUUAAUAAGCCAUUGCCUUGUAAAGGAAAGGAAACAUUAAUGCUGAACAACUUCUAAUUUUCAGCUGAAAGAGAUUGUUGCCAUAGUAGAUGAUAUCUUGGAAGAAUUUUCUCUUCCAGCAUUCUACAAGGUAUUUCAUUUAGUUAACUUGGUAGAGAUUGAUGUGAUAUGUUUCGGUGAUUUUGAAGGCUUAUUUAUUGAAAUUGGCUUUCUCUUGACAUUUUUCAAAUAAGUGUAAUAUUGAAUGUGGAAUCAACAUUAUUUUACUGAGAGUUUUUCAACAGGAUUUCUUUGUGUAGGUUCAGUUUUUGGUUUAGUUUUGGUCUUCUUUUGGGUGCUCUUGUUUGUGAUACACUUCACCUGACAACACAUAUUUUUGGUUCUGUUUCAUCAGUUGAAUACUAGGCUUAUCAAAUGAAUUCAUUUUUAGGAUCCAUCAUUUCAUCUAAGUAUUGCAUGGCUGCUUGGAGACAUCAGCUCUGAAAGGACAGAAGAAAUUCAAACUAAACUCCAGGUAAAAAUAAGCCGCUGAUUACUUGCACAACAGUUGCAACACCAAUUAUUUUUUGUGACAAUGAAAACUAAAGAUUCCUAACAAAUGGUAACACUUAUGGUCAGUUAUUUACACAAGGUCUAACCCAAACCAUGGUUUGACGCAAUUAGUGGGUUUCAGGCUUUCUCUGUAAGAGGGUUGAUUUAAUGAAAUAAAUGUCUUUCCACUGUUCGCUUUUGGCCCUCUUUACAGUGUUCACAAAAAUAAACAUUCAGAAAAAAGGUUCAGCUAAAUUGAGGAUUGUCUAGUACAGGGUUUUGUUAAACAACUGCUGAAUUAACUUUGUUCAAGCACUGGUAUACUUUUCAGUCAUGCACUUUUAUUAUUGUAAUAUAUUGUAGAUCACAAUAAGGAAAAAAUCUUUAUAGAAAGAUAAUUGAGAAACAGGAAAACUUUGAUGUAGCUUGCUGUUUGCAACACCCAGUGUUUUAUACAGCAGUUAUUAGAUCCCAGUUGUGGUGAAGUCCUGUUUUCACAUGUUACACUGCUUCCAUUCACUGUUCCCUCUGUAGGAUAUCUUGGAUACUUGCAUUUGCGAAAAAGAAGUUGCCAGGUCAUUGGUAUUGGAAGUAAAAGAAGUACACUGUAACAUAGGAAAUAAACAUUUUGUUUUUCCAUUGGAUGGCACGUGAUUAGAACAAGUCAGGACCAGGGAUCAAGAUCACAAAGAAAACUCUGCUGUUGACAAUAGGAAGAGUCUAAAGCAGCAACUCACAGUGUUUUUUUUUGUAGGAAAGAUAGACAACUUUCUGGCUUGAGAGUGGCUGGUUAGUAAGCCAUCUUAGAUUGUUAUGAAAUGCAGACUCCAACGUUUCUCUAGUUUAGGUCUUUGCAACAAUACAUGUGGUCCAGAGAGACAAAAAAAGAACAUUUGAGUCAUAAGCCUUUCUAAAGUGUAAAAGAGAUAAAAGAAUAUUAAUUAGAAAAAAUACAAAAGAGGAAAAUGAUCAAUUUUCCUUAUUGUGCUGAUGCACUUACUUUCAUAAUAUUUGCAAAAACAAUAAUCAGAUGUCAUUAAGAAGUGAGAAAGAACCUUCUAGUGGAAGUGUUGUGAAAAUUUGACUGCCAGGCAUUUAGACUAUUUGAGACCAGGCCGGGCUGCCAGGCAUUUGGCCUCAGCAGUUAUUAUUGGUUUUCUGUUUUUCUUUUAUGCUUUACCACCAUAGUUUCUCUUAUUCUCUCUUAUUUCUUACCAAGCAACACACUAGUCACCUCCACUGCAAUGAAUAGUGGUUUUAAGAUUGUUAUUAUCUCAUUCAAAAGAAAUGCAUCCUGCACCCUCAGACAGACUUUCUCA